AUGGACAGAGCCAAACCCGCCGGAAUAAAACAAGGCACCCGCCGACCACAACCAAAAGAAAACCGAGACAAAUUGGCAUCCGAAGAAGGCAGCCAACACAACUCACCUCUUACAGUCACCAAAACUCCGGCAGAACAGAACCGUAUCAAUCGACGGCGAGAUAGCCACAAGAACCAAUCGAGCCUUGAAACACCGAGCCCAUCAGUCCGACCACGGCGACCCGACCUCACCCCCUCUCCAGCCACCGUCUUCCGUCCAGCCCACUCUCGUCGAAGCACCCGAAGGAAGGGCGCAGAAAGGGGAUCUGCAAACCCUAGGCGCAUCUUUCGGCGGAGUGCUGAAGUGGAGAGACGAGGCCAAAUCGAGGGUGAGCGGCGAAGCACGUUCUCCGGCUAA